GUGAAGGGAAAAUGAUAGUGGUUGUUGUCCUUACAGUUAACUGUUGCUCCUGCUUCCUUAUGAGUCCCCUUUUCUUUCCACAACUACCCUUUCUUUCCCACACACAUUCUCUCCACCUUUAACUAUCUCACCACUUUCUCUCUCUAACACUAUCAGACUCUCUCUCUCUCUACUCAUCUUCUUCUUCUUCUCUGUUGCUGCUGAAUCUGCAAAUUGAUCCUUGUUAAGCUGCUUCCACCAUGGAAGCAGGGGAAAAUUGCUGCGUCAAGGUUGCGGUUCAUGUGCGACCACUCAUCGCCGACGAGAAGCUUCAAGGCUGCAAAGAUUGCGUAACCGUCGUCGCCGGGAAGCCUCAGGUACAAAUUGGCGCACACUCGUUUACAUUUGAUCAUGUUUAUGGAAGCACUGGUUCGCCGUCAUGUUCCAUGUUUGAAGAAUGUGUUGCUCCUCUUGUUGAUGGUUUGUUUCAAGGAUAUAAUGCUACUGUUCUCGCAUACGGUCAGACAGGUUCUGGGAAAACAUACACUAUGGGGACAGGCUUCAGAGAAGGUUUCCAAACAGGAAUAAUACCCCAAGUUAUGAAUGUUUUGUUUAACAAAAUUGAGACCUUAAAGCACCAGACUGAAUUUCAGUUGCAUGUCUCCUUUAUCGAGAUUCUUAAAGAAGAAGUAAGAGACUUGAUGGAUCUCUCCUCCAUGAGCAAACCAGAAACUGCAAAUGGACAUGCAGGAAAAAUUACCUCACACGGGAAGCCACCGAUACAAAUUCGUGAGACAUCAAAUGGUGUCAUAACUCUUGCAGGAUCAACUGAAGUCAGUGUAACAACAUUGAAAGAAAUGGCUGCUUGCCUGGAACAGGGAUCCUUGAGCAGAGCAACUGGGAGCACAAAUAUGAACAACCAAUCCAGUCGAUCUCAUGCCAUCUUCACCAUCACAUUAGAGCAAAUGAAGAAACUCAAUGUUCCUAAUGGCGGCUGUUUAAAUGAAACCACGAAUGAAGAGUAUCUUUGUGCCAAGUUGCACUUAGUAGAUCUUGCUGGAUCAGAACGAGCUAAAAGAACAGGGUCUGAUGGUCUGCGCUUUAAGGAAGGAGUUCACAUUAACAAAGGCCUUCUUGCACUUGGUAAUGUUAUAAGUGCACUUGGUGAUGAAAAGAAGCGAAAGGAAGGAGUUCAUGUUCCAUAUAGGGAUAGUAAACUUACCAGGCUUUUGCAGGAUUCACUUGGAGGUAACAGCAGAACUGUCAUGAUAGCCUGCAUAAGUCCUGCUGAUAUUAAUGCUGAGGAAACCCUGAAUACUUUGAAGUAUGCAAAUCGUGCACGCAAUAUCCAAAAUAAGCCUGUAAUCAAUAGAGACCCCAUGUCCAGUGAGAUGCUAAAAAUGCGACAUCAACUGGAGUGUUUGCAGGCAGAACUUUGUGCACGUGCUGGUGGCUCUACUGAGGAAGUUCAGGUCCUUAAGGAAAGGAUUGCUUGGCUUGAAGCUGCUAAUGAAGAUCUAUGUCGUGAACUUCAUGAUCACCGGAGUAGAUGCUCUGUUGUAGAACAAAGUGAAAAGGAUGCUUAUGGUGCCAGCCCAUGCAUUAUGAAGGUAGAUGGGCUGAAGAGGAGCUUACCUAUGACAGCGGCUGAUUAUCCAAUGAGUGAAACAGCAGCAGGUGAUUCACGGGAAAUUGAAGAAGUAGAAAAAGAGUGGGAGCACACACUUCUGCAAAAUAGUAUGGAUAGGGAGUUAAAUGAAUUGAAUAAACGCUUGGAGCAGAAAGAGUCUGAGAUGAAGCUUUUUGGAGUAUCUGAUGCUGAAGUACUCAAGCAUCACUUUGGAAGGAAGAUAAUGGAACUGGAGGAUGAGAAGAAAACAGUGCAGCGAGAGAGAGAUUGUCUAUUGGCUGAAGUUGAAAAUCUUGCUGCCAAUUCUGAUGGACAAACACAGAAAUUAGAGGAUAUCCAUGCCCAAAAACUGAAAGAACUUGAAGUACAGAUUCUGGAUCUAAAGAGGAAGCAAGAGAGCCAGGUUCAGCUUCUGAAGCAAAAGCAAAAAAGUGAUGAAGCAGCAAAGAGACUGCAAGAUGAAAUACAGUCUAUGAAGGCGCAAAAGGUUCAAUUGCAGCAAAGAAUGAAACAAGAAGCAGAACAGUUUCGGCAAUGGAAGGCUUCUAGAGAGAAAGAGCUGUUGCAAUUAAAGAAGGAGGGAAGAAGAAAUGAGUAUGAGAAGCACAAGCUUCAGGCUUUAAAUCAGCGCCAGAAAAUGGUCCUUCAGAGAAAAACUGAAGAAGCUGCAAUGGCAACCAAGAGGUUAAAAGAGUUGUUGGAAGCUCGUAAAAAUUCCAGCCGAGACGCUUCAGUUAUAAUUAAUGGAAGUGGAACAAAUGGGCAGGGCAACGAGAAAUCCUUACAAAGGUGGCUAGAUCAUGAACUGGAAGUCAUGGUAAAAGAGCAUGAAGUUCGUUUUGAGUAUGAGAAACAAAGCGAAGUGCGAGCUGCCCUUGCAGAGGAAUUGGCCCUGCUAAAGCAAGUAAAUGAGUUUGCUGCUAAGGGUCUUAGUCCUCCAAAGGGAAAGAAUGGUUUUGCCAGGGCAUCCUCCAUGUCACUAAAUGCAAGAAUGGCCAGAAUAGCUUCACUCGAGAACAUGUUGAGCAUAUCAUCUAAUUCCCUUGUGGCAAUGGCUUCUCAACUUUCCGAGGCAGAAGAACGAGAACGGGCAUUCACUAAUCGUGGACGCUGGAAUCAGUUGCGCUCUAUGGGAGAAGCCAAGAGUUUACUUCAGUAUAUGUUUAAUUCUGUUGCAGACUCUAGGUGCCAACUCUGGGAGAAGGACAUGGAGAUCAGAGAAAUGAAAGAUCAAAUCAAAGAACUUGUCGGACUAUUAAGGCAGAGUGAGAUGAAGAGAAAGGAAGCUGAGAAGGAGAUGAAAGUGAGAGAGCAAGCAGUUACAACCACAUUGUCUACACCAGCUUCUGUAAACACUCCAAAUUCAUUGAAAGAAUAUGCUGAAAUGCCCUUAUCUCCCGUGUCUCUACCUGUACCAAAACAGCUAAAAUAUACUCCAGGCGUUGCUAAUGGCUUAACGAGGGAAUCGGCAGCAUUUGUAGAUCAGGGUAGAAAGAUGAUACCCAUGGGGCAGCUGUCAAUGAAAAAACUAGCAAUGGUAGGACAAGCUUCUGGCAAGUUAUGGAGAUGGAAAAGAAGUCAUCAUCAGUGGCUACUACAAUUCAAGUGGAAGUGGCAGAAACCAUGGAAACUUUCAGAAUUGAUCCGACACAGUGAUGAGACAAUCAUGAGAGCAAAGCCACGCUCACAGGCUUUGCGACACAUCAUGUGAUCAACCCAGCUUCCAUAGCUUUGUAAUUUUUGACCCACAAGAAUUAUCCUGGAGUCCUAGACACAUGGCAUUGGAAAUAAGAGGUGCAGUGUAAUAUAAGUGUUGCUAGAAAAGUAGAUUCCUAUCAGCCUUAAAUAAUGCUGCCCAGAUGAUGGAAUUUUUGCCAAAAUCACUGUAUAUGGAGCAUCUUAGGUGUGUUGCCACGUAAUGUUUGGACAGGGUUACUGGUCCCAUAACCUCACGCAAUGAAAUUCCAGCCCAGAAUUUAAAGCAAUCAAUGCUGAAUUGUGAAUUUAUGUCUGUUUCAGAGAUGUACAUGUUUGUAAGUACUGAUUUGUCACUCAGACCAUGGGGGGAAAACAUCAUGAAUCAAACACAUGACUCAAUAAAUGAUAAUGUACUGUGCAAGAUGAUGAAUGCCCGUGAAAUUUCAAAGCUCUAGACGCUCUUCUGUGUAAAAGUUGCCAGGUUUUUUUGGACGAUCUCUCAUGUUUUUCUUUUUAGUUUUGGACAAAGUGUUUGUUGUUUUGGGGUCUAAACUGUAUAGAUUUGUAAUAAUCACAUGACAGAUCACUGUUAGUACUCGUGAGUGAGGAAAUUUUAGGCUUAUUUCUCCAGUUAAUACCGUUGGUUUAAGACCCAAAAGUCUGCCCGCGAUAUAUAGAAAUGUUGACU